GGAGGGGCAGGAAGAUGCUGUAUAAAUGCACAGUAAAUGAAGAAUCUGAAUCAAACACCAAAAACCACAACAAAGCCGCAUAUCAUGAACGAGUUCAGGGUUCGUAGUAUCAGCCUGCAACAGGUGCAGAAUCAGACCAGACACAAGACCGAAGGUCUGAGUUCCACCACUGUGGUUCUGCGGAGAGGACAGGCCUUCACAGUGGCUAUCAACUAUGAUGGACGACCAUUUGAUCCACUGAAGGAAAAAAUGAUCUUCAGCAUUACUUUAGGUCCACUGAUUGUGGAUGUCCCGGUCUCCAGGCUCGGACAACCCUCUCUGACUCAAUGGACUGCCAUUGUGGAGAGGAGUACUGCAGGCCCGACUGCCCCCCGUGUGCUAUCUGUAUCACUGUCCAGUCCUGCAUCUGCUUCUAUCGGUGUCUACACACUCCAGCUGAGAGUUGAGACCCGCCUGGGUGUGAAAACACACUCAGUCGGCCAGUUCACGCUCCUCUGCAACCCCUGGUCCCAAGCUGAUUCGGUGUACCUGCAGUCUGAGGAUCUGAGGACUGAAUAUGUCAAGAGUGAUAACGGCGUGCUGUUCAUAGGAAGCGCCGGUAACGUCUUUGCCAGACCCUGGUCGUUCGAUCAGUAUGAAAAAGGAAUACUGGACAUCUGUAUGAAAUUGCUGCAGUUGAGUCCUCAAUAUCGAGCAGACAUGAGAAAAGAUCUGCAGAAAUGCAGCAAUCCGGUGUACAUUGGCCGUGUGAUCUCAGCGAUGGUGAACUCUAAUGAUGAUAAAGGAGUGUUAAUGGGAAACUGGUCAGGUAACUACAGCGAUGGCGUCAACCCCUCGAUGUGGACCGGCAGCGCAGAUAUUCUCAAGAAGUGGGCAGAAACACAAUUCAGGCCUGUGAAAUACGGACAGUGCUGGGUGUUUGCUGCUGUCAUGUGUACAGUAAUGAGAGCCCUUGGCAUUCCGACUCGAGUCAUCACCAACUUCAACUCCGCUCACGACACAGACAAUAAUAUGGUGAUUGAGGAAUAUUAUGAUGAGAAUGGGAGAAAGCUGUCCAUCGGCAAUGAUAGCAUCUGGAACUUCCAUGUGUGGGUGGAGAGUUGGAUGAAGAGGCCUGAUCUGGGUAAAGGUUAUGAUGGAUGGCAGGUUCUCGACGCCACACCACAAGAGAGGAGCGGAGGAAUGUUCCGCUGUGGUCCUGCUUCUGUUAAAGCCGUUUAUCAGCGGAAGGUGGAGGCGCAAUAUGAUGUGCCGUUCGUUUACGCAGAAGUGAAUGCGGAUGUGCAUGAAAUGAUCGUCAGAGAUAGGAAGGUAUUAUCAAAAACAGUCGAUAAACACAGAGUUGGAGCCCUGAUCCUCACCAAACUUCCAGGAUCCAUGCGUAGGCAGGACGUCACAUCUGAAUACAAAAAUGAGAGGGAUGAUGAAAGAUACAGUUUUGGAGGUGAUGAAGAUAUUGGGGCAAGGGAGGCUUCUAAGGGUGUUACAGUUUCUCUCAAGCUUCUGAAUCCCCCUGUAGUCGGAGAAAACAUUUCUUUCAACGUCGUAAUCACUAACAAUGAGGCCGCUCCAAAACAGCUGAAAAAACAUGUGAACGCUCAGAACAAGGAGUAUAACCGCAAUCCCACUGGAACCUUCUGGGAGGCUCAUGAUGACGUGAAGAUCGGCCCGAAUGAAACUGUGACUGCAAAACAUGAGAUCACCUUCAAGGAGUACAUGUUGAAGGAGGCUGCGGAUGUUUUUCUGGUUAACCUGGCUGUGGUUAUUGAGGAUGUGAAGUCUCAGGAGAAAGUGCUGGCAUCAGAAGAGUUCAACAUCCGCAACCCUACCCUCAAUGUACAGAUUCAAAAUGAGUCAUCGGUCAAAAUUUACGCUGAUCAAGUUGCCACAGUGACCUUUGUGAACCCGUUCAACACUGCAGUGAGCGGAGAACUGACCAUAUCUUCAGGACUCUUGGAGGAGAAGGCUAAAAUGACUUUAAGCCUUAAACCUCGAGAAACCAUGAAGAAGCCCAUCGAUUUCACUCCCAGGAUGGCAGGUUCCAAAAUGCUUUCUGCUAAUUUAGUGCUGACGAAUCCUCCCACCAUCCUGCACGGAUUCACGACCAUCAACGUUCAAAGAUCUUAAGAGUCAAACAGCUUCAAAAUGAUUGUAUACCCUCAUGAAGUGCUACACUAGUGGUUGAAACACAUUUAGAAAUUAUUGCUUUUUAAUUACUAUUUUAAUGUCACUAUGAAAACAUUUUUGGCUUGAUUUAUUAUUAUGUAGGGACAAGCCUGAAAAUAAAGUAUUCUUCUUAACAUGUCCAUGUAUUAUGCUUGUUUGCAAUCUGUUCACAUGCUUUCUCCAGCAGAGGGCAGACUAAUUAUGUCAUUUACAGCAGAGACUGUCAGUGAGUGCAAAUAUUUCAAAUACUGACAUGUUGAAAGACAUUAGACACAUUACAAAUAUUUUAGAAAAAGGCUGAUAAAUACCUGCUCAAUAAUAAAAAUGACCACAAACUACAUAAGUGAUGCUUUAACUUUGGGCACUUUUGUGGGUUAAUUUUUUGUAACAUUUUGAUUUAAUAAUGUUUAUAUAUUUGCAC